AUGUCGAUGGUUCACACCUCCCCGCCCCCCAACGCCGGCAACCCGAUCAUCCCGGGCUGGUACGCCGACCCGGAAGCGCGCCUCUACGCCUCCGAAUACUGGAUCUUCCCGACCUACAGCGCGGCCUACUCGGAGCAAACCUUCUUCGACGCCUUCAGCUCGCCGGACCUCCUCACCUGGACGAAACACCCCACCAUCCUCAACAUCACAGAGAUCCCCUGGUCGACCAACCGGGCGGCAUGGGCGCCAUCCGUGGGGAGAAAGAAAGCCGCCCCAUCGACACCCAAGUCCAACGCCCCCCAGCCCCUCGAAGAAGACGAAGAAUACGACUACUACAUGUACUUCAGCACGGGCGACGGCACCGGCAUCGGCGUCGCGGUGUCCCCGGCCCCCAACGGCCCCGGAGGCCCCUACACCGACGCACUCGGCGCGCCGCUCGUCAACGGCACCAUCCGCGGCGCCGAGGCCAUCGACGCCCAGAUCUUCCAGGACGAGGACUCCGGCCGCAACUGGCUGUAUUUCGGCGGCUGGGGACACGCGAUGGUCGUCGAGGUGGGCAGCGAUAUGGUUUCGUUGAUGGGGGAGUUUGUGGACAUUACGCCGCGGGAUUAUGUCGAGGGGCCGUGGGUGUUGAAGAAAGGGGGGACGUAUUAUUUUAUGUUUAGUGUCGGGGGCUGGGGCGACAACUCCUACGGCGUCUCCUACGUCACCGGCCCCUCGCCCACGGGCCCAUUCUCCAGCCCCCCGAUCAAGAUCCUCCAGGGCGAUGAUCGCGUCGGCACUAGCACCGGCCACAAUAGUGUGUUUACGCCCGAUGGCGAGGAUUACUAUAUCGUUUAUCAUCGCAGGCCGGUGAAUGAGACGGAGCGUGAUCAUCGGGUGGUGUGUGUCGAUCGGAUGUUUUUUGAUGAGGCGGGGAGUAUUUUGCCCGUUAAUAUUACCGUCGAGGGUGUGGGGGGGAGGGGGUUGUGA